GGUAUUAACACCGGCGAUCGCAAGAGACGACCGCUCAGUCGCACAACGUUCGCGACCACGACGCAAACGCACAAACAUUGUCCAAAAAUCAUUGCUACUUCACUAUAGAAACAAUCGAAAUUAUUGAUUUAAAUAAAGAGGAUUCGUGUAAAUCUUCCCCAUCAUGGGGUUAAGUAUAAUAGUUUUGUGUUCGGUUCUGUGGACAAUUGUGGUGGCUUCCCCGCGUUAUCCCGAUGAGAGCCCCUUCGCUAGGAGUGCAAUUGAAACAGUACCAGAUCACGAUCCAAUAGCUCUCCCUAUUCGAUCGUCAGUUGAGAGUAUACCCCUCAGACUUCUUGAAGAGAGUGAAGGAAGGCUGCCAUUGCGAGAUGCUGUCGAAAAACCUCCUAUUCCUAUACCGGACUCUGAUUCAUUAUAUAAAUAUCUGAAGAACAUUGAAGAGACGAGUGAAGACGUCGAAAAUGUAAUGCAAAAGAAUAAUUAUUAUGGUGCCGCAAGUUACUUGAACAAUGGUUCGCGUACAGAUGAGAAAUUGCAGCAUGGUAAUGAAAAUCUCGAAGCGAUGCAGCAGACAAAUGACGAAAACGCUCGAAAACUUGUUGUGUGCUACAUAGAGUCGCAAGCAGCAUAUAGAGCUCCACCCCUCGCCUUCACUGGAGGUCUCGUGCCAAAGUCCUGCACUCAUUUACAUUACGCCUUCGCUAAGCUUCAUCCACACACAUACGCCGUUAUACCCGGCAAUGAAGACUAUGAUGUUAUCAAAGGUGGUUACAGAAUCGCUACAGGCUUAAAAGGACGUAUCCCUGGACUUAAGGUUAUCAUUAGUGUCGGUGGCGACGGUACCGGUCGUUUAUUUAGUGAAAUGGUGCAAGAGCCCUACAGACGAAACUCAUUUAUUGAUAGCGCUCUCACAUUUUUGCAAGAACACGAUUUUGAUGGUCUUGACCUUCAUUGGGUUUAUGCAGGUGACAAAGAUGACAAAGAAAAAGAACUUUUGGUUACAUUGCUUUAUGAACUUCGAGAGAAAUUUUCUUCAUACGGAUAUCUCUUAUCCACUGUUUUACCUCCCUUUAGAUACCAAAUUGAAGACGGGUACGACCUAAGUGCCGUCAGUGGGGCAACAGACUAUACAAUUUUGCAAGCCUGGGACAUGACACAUGCAAAGCGUGAUGAUCCGCCAACACGAGCGCUGCAGCACAGCGCUCUCCAAAGAGAUCCCGGAGCGUCGGGCAGGGAUCAGAGAUAUGAUAACAUAGAAUUUGUGGUGAAAUACAUUCUGCGUCACGGAAUGGCUGCUGAUAAGUUAGUACUAGGCAUACCAUUAUUUGGACGCAGCUACACCCUUGCAUCAUCGGCGAUGUCAUCACCAGGAGCAGCUAUUGAUGGUUGGGGCGACGAGGGCCCUUACACUCAAACUAAAGGCAUGCUAGCAUAUUUUGAGAUAUGUAUGAAUGAACGAGAGGGUAAAGGAUUCAGCGAAGUAGAUGAGGCUGGUAACACAUAUUACGUUUUCGAAAACCAAUGGAUCAGUUAUGAUAACCCUAACACUAUCUUAAAAAAGAUGAACUUCGUGACAAUGACGGGGUUAGCGGGGGCUGCUGCUUGGGCUAUUGAUAUGGAUGAUUUCCGCGGCUUAUGCGGUUCGCCGUUCCCAAUUUUAAGUGCAAUAUCAACAAGUCUUAACGGAGAGUCCACUCUAUCUGAUCAAUCGUCCCUUAAAGUUGGAUCAUGUGAAUCUUCUAUGCCCUACUUGGCAUCGGACCAAGAAUCUUGCGCGCAUUUCCAUUUCUGCACAGGAGGAAUAAAUUAUCGAAUGAUCUGCGAGGAUGAAAGGCUAUACGAUCCGUCCACCGGAUUUUGUGGGCAUCAAGAUGUUGCGAAAUGUGUUCCUGGACAAAGUUUAAGGAUAAGUGUAGACGACGCUGCAAGGUUUUUGGCUCAAGCUUAUGAAAGUGACUUUGAAUGGAAUGCUAAACCUCAUUCGGAACCUUCAGAUAAAGAUAAUGAAGACAUAAUUUCCUCAUAUCAAUCGGAAGUCAAAAUCAGUAGAGGGAACGACAAGCGCAUCAUAUGCUACAUGACGAGUUGGGCUUUCUAUAGGAGAGGAGACGGAAAAUUUGUUCCUGAACAAAUCGACACUAGGCUUUGCACGCAUGUUGUCUAUGCGUACGCCUCCCUGUCACAUGAUGAUCUUUUGGCUAAAGAAUUUGAUCCUUGGGCUGACAUCACAAACAAUCUAUAUGAACGUGUGACUUCACUCAACGAUGUAAAAGUAAUGCUCGGUUUGGGUGGCUGGACUGAUUCUUCUGGAGAUAAAUAUUCGCGUUUGGUGUCAUCGCCAACAGCACGAACAAAAUUCUGCGAGAAAAUCGUUAAUUUCUUGCGUAUGCAUAACUUCAAAGGUCUACAUUUAGACUGGAACUACCCAGUAUGCUGGCAGAGUAAUUGUAAAAAAGGUGCCAAAUCAGACAAAGCGAACUUUGGAAUUUUUGUAAAGGAGUUGGCCAAAAACUUACACGCCGCUGAUAUGGAACUUGGUGUUGCGUUAUCUGGUUAUAAAGAGGUUAUUGAAUCUUCUUAUGAUUUGCCAACAAUAUCUGAUGCAGUUGAUUUUAUGAGUGCUAUGACUUACGACUAUCAUGGUGGAUGGGAGCGUACCACUUCUCACCAUACCCCAAUUAGACCACUGAAAAAAGAUUACUUGCCUUACUAUUCUAUCGAAUAUGCAAUUAAGGCUUUAAUAGGAGGCGGCGUGGACCCUAAAAAAUUGAAUCUUGGUCUAGCAUUCUAUGGACAAUCAUUUAGACUUACUGAUAUGGAAAGCUCAAGUGGACCGGGUUCGCCAGCUGCAGGCCCUGGAGAACCGGGAGAGUUCACUAAACAACCAGGAAUGCUAGGAUAUUAUGAAAUUUGUUAUAGAGUUAAACAUUUGAGAUGGAAGACUGGACGUCAAACAGAUGCAGGUCCCUAUGCUUACUCAGACAAUCAAUGGGUCGGUUUUGAUGAUCCAAAAUCAAUUACUGAAAAGGUGGAAUGGGCGCUUAGUCAAGGUUUGGGCGGUGUAACAGCAUGGGCCGUGGACUUGGAUGAUUUCACCAACCGUUGCUGCCUAGAGCCGUCUCCAUUGCUGCGUGCCGCAGGUAGAGCUCUGGGUCGCUCCGUGCCAUCACCUCCUUCUUCGUCUUGCGAGAGACCACCGGAACCUGUCACACCCGCACCCCCCAGUACUACCCCCGCAGAAUCUGAUGGAUCUAUUGGAGGUGGAGGUGACCAUGGAAACCACGGCAAUCACGAUCAACAUACUUCAACAACUUGGCCAGGUUGGAAUCCUACUUCCACCACACAGAGCACCCUACAAACAUGGUGGCCCCAAACUACAACUCCAAUGACAACGACUUCUAAAAAACCAACAACUACCACAAGACGAACGACUACAAGUUCAACUACUGCUGAACCACCUUUAAUGGACCCAGGAGUUGAAGUAGAGGGAGCAGUAUGCGAACCUGGCGAAUACCACGCAGCAGCAGACGAUUGCGAGGGCUACCUGCAAUGCGAAUCAGGACACUGGCGCAAACACCGUUGCGCACCUGGCCUUCAUUGGUCUUCUAAAGCUAACCGUUGUGACUGGCCAAGCUUUGCCAAGUGUACUCCUUCAAAGCCCAGCGGAGCAAGUACGACAACGACAACAUUAGCACCAAUGACGUCGAGACCACCGCCAAGGCCUACAACUACACGAAGAACAACAACAAGCUCUACUACAACCACAACUACCUCAACUGCUAAACCGACUACGACGCCGGCUGGAGAUGGUGGAGCAUCAGAAGGUGGUGCUUGUAAUGGUGAAGACUACCAUGCGGUAACUGGGGAUUGCAACUCCUACUUGCACUGUGAUGGCACUACGUGGCGACUACAGAAAUGUGCACCUGGACUUCACUGGAGCAAACAACAAAAGCACUGUGACUGGCCACGAUAUGCUAAUUGUGAAGGGUCAACAUCAAAAACUACUACGGCUGCACCUAAACCUACCCGGCCUGCAACGAGACCUACCGAAUCAACUUCCACAACAAUGGUUGCACCAAUAUCUGGCCCUGUAGAAGGUGGGGAGUGUACUUCCACACAAGUAUACGCAGCAGCAACAACGUGUGACGCCUAUCUUCUUUGCGUAAGUGGCACUUGGCGCAAGCAGAUGUGUCCACCAGGCUUACACUGGGAUAAGCGGUCGAAUCGGUGUGAUUGGGUUCAAUUUGCUAUGUGCGAAGAGAAACGGCAAGAAAAAACCACCAAAUCUCCUUUACAAAACCUUUUUACUACACGAAAACCAACAACGAGAACAACAACAACGACAACAACCACAACAACAACACCAAGAACGACAACAAUCACUACAACAACGAAAAAGCCAGCCACCACAAAAAAACCAGCUAGAUUUACGACCACCAAAAAACCUUCCACUCAAUCCGGCCAGUACCAAAAACCUAAGCGUUGUGAAACUGGGACCUACCAUGCUCAUUCUCGCUGCGAAAAGUUCUAUGUAUGCGUAAACGGUGCCUUGAUAGCUCAGAACUGUGCCCCUGGACUAGUGUGGAACACACAACACUCGCAAUGUGACUUCCCAUCCUCGAACUCCUGCACCGACCGUAGACAAGCUACCUCGGAAAUUAAGCCAUCAAUGAUGCAGCUAGUGGAAGAGAAACCAACACUGUGUGAAAAUGGUCAAUACGCCUCGGAACCGACUGAUUGUACCCGUUAUCUGCACUGUCUAUUUGGAAAAUUUGAACAAUUUGCUUGUAGCGCAGGCUUACAUUGGAAUGAGGAAAAACAAAUUUGUGACUGGCCUAGUAGCGCUAAAUGUAAAGCAAAGAAAGUAACAACAACAACAACCACAAGUAAACCUGUGCAAAUGGAUCCUAUAUUAGAAGAUGAGUCUGAAGUACAGCCACCAUCCAAACCCAUCAUCGAUUUAAUCGAUCCUAGUUCCAGGCCAGAGCUUCUGAACACAAAAUACAAAAUGAUAUGCUACUACACUAAUUGGUCGUGGUAUAGACCAGGUUUAGGAAAGUUUACUCCUGAGGACAUAGAUCCCAAAUUCUGUACACACAUUGUUUAUGGAUUUGCAGUCUUAGGUGACGACGGACUGAUUAAACCACAUGAUCCCUGGGCUGAUAUAGAAAACGGUUUCUACGAACGAAUUGUAUCCUACAAAAAGUAUGGUGCAAAGGUAUCUAUAGCCAUUGGAGGAUGGAAAGAUUCGGUCGGGGAUAAAUAUUCUAAAUUAGUAAAUAAUGCUCAAGCUCGCAACAGAUUUGUAAAAGACGUGGUUCAAUUUGUUGAGAAAUAUGGUUUCGACGGCUUAGAUUUGGAUUGGGAAUAUCCCAAAUGCUGGCAGGUGGAUUGUUCAUUGGGCCCUGAUUCCGAUAAGGAAGGUUUUGCUGAUUUGGUUAGAGAAUUAUCAGCUGUUUUUAAACCAAAAGGCUUACUGUUAUCGUCAGCCGUGUCACCCAGUAAAGUAGUUAUAGACGCCGGCUAUGACGUUCGAGUGCUGGCGCGUCAUUUGGAUUGGAUUGCAGUUAUGACCUACGACUAUCAUGGCCAGUGGGAUAAAAAAACUGGCCAUGUUGCUCCGUUGUACUAUCACCCUGAAGACGAUAAUACUUACUUUAACGCUAACUACACCAUGCAUUACUGGAUGGAAAAGGGUGCUCCAGCAUCUAAACUAGUAAUGGGCAUACCUUUAUAUGGUCAGACAUUUACGACUUCUAAAGUGAACAACCGUGCAAGUCAGGCUCUUAACAUACCUGCUACAGCUGGCGGUGACGCUGGAGAGUACACGAGAGCUAAUGGAUUUUUGGCUUACUAUGAAAUAUGUGAGCGUAUCCAGAAUCGUCAAUGGAAGUUAAUUAAAGAUCCAUACCAAAGAAUGGGACCAUUCGCAUACAAGGGUAAUCAAUGGGUUUCAUUUGAUGACAUUGAUAUUAUUAAGAAGAAAGUCAACUUUAUGAAAUCUCUUGGUCUUGCUGGUGGUAUGGUUUGGGCAAUAGAUCUUGAUGACUUUAAUAAUAGAUGUAAUCAAGGCAAAUACCCACUUAUGAAUGCUAUCAAAAAUGCAUUCCUAGACCCUAAAAUAGAUUUUGAGUCCUUGGAACCAAAGCCAUUGCCAGAGCCUGAAAAUACAUUGGAUGACGAUUUAGAAGAUAUAGAAGUAAAGCCUUCUUAUCCUAAGCCUCUUACGAGUAGUUCUAGGCCUAUUAGUCGCCCUGCUACGACAGUAAAACCUACUACAGCCGCUGCAAUACAACACGAUGAAGAAGAGAAAUUUAAAAUUGUUUGCUACUAUACAAACUGGGCGUGGUACAGACCAAGUGCGGGCAAAUACACUCCAGAUGACAUCGAUCCAUCACUUUGUACCCAUAUAGUAUAUGCAUUUGCAGUACUAGAUAGCAGAAAGUUAGUGAUGAAGCCACAUGACAAUUGGCUAGAUGUGGAAAAUAAAUUUUACGAAAAGGUUGUGGCACUAAAAAGUCAAGGCGUUAAAGUAGUAUUGGGUCUGGGAGGAUGGAAUGACUCUGCGGGUGACAAAUAUUCAAGACUUGUAAAUAAUCCUUCUGCUAGAAGGAAAUUCAUUGUUCAUGCAGUGGACUUUAUACAACAAUAUGAAUUUGAUGGUCUUGACCUUGACUGGGAAUAUCCACGAUGCUGGCAAGUCGAAUGCGAAAAGGGUCCUAGUUCUGACAAACAAGGAUUUGCUAACCUUGUUAAAGAGUUGCGGACUGCUUUUGUGCCACGUGGUCUACUUUUAUCUUCUGCUGUGUCGGGAAGUAAACGGGUUAUUGAUCAAGCUUACGAUGUGCCAGUUUUGGCCAGAAAUUUGGACUGGAUUGCACUCAUGACUUAUGAUUAUCACGGUCAAUGGGACAAAAAGACAGGUCACGUGGCACCAAUGUAUGCUCGUGAUGGUGACGAUGACAAGACAUUCAAUGCGAACUUUACUGUGAGCUACUGGAUUUCUAAAGGUGCUCCUCGUCAAAAGCUAGUCAUGGGAGUUCCCUUCUACGGACAGUCAUUUUCGCUUAUGGAGAACUCUGGAAAUGGUUUAGGCGCUCCGUCUUACGCUGGUGGUGAGGCCGGAGAUGAAACCAGAGCACGUGGCUUUUUAGCCUUCUACGAGAUAUGUGAUCGUAUAAGAAAUCAAGGCUGGAAGGUAGUCCGUGAUCCAGGUGGUAGAAUAGGACCUUAUGCUACUCUUAGUGAUCAAUGGGUAUCCUUCGACGAUGACUUUAUGAUAAGACACAAGGCUGAGUACGUCCGAGCUAUGGACCUCGGAGGCGCCAUGGUAUGGUCGUUGGAUCUAGAUGACUUUACCGGUAGAUACUGUGGCUGCGGGAACUCACCAUUAUUGAGCAACAUUAAUCAUGUUUUACGAGAUCGAGAAGCACCACCACCGUGCUCUCUGAAAGAAAUCCAAGACUCAUCCACCCCAGUCUCUACUCCAUCCACAACAACUAAUAUUGAAGUGGAAAACGAUUCUCAAGAAGAUAGUGAAAGUGGAAGUUCCGGAACCGACGAAAUUGAGGGUGGUGAUUUAGAAGGAAAAUCUUGCUCUGGAGUAACAUUUAAAGAAGAUGAAUUAGACUGUGCCAAAUAUUACUUGUGUAUUAAUGAACAAUACACACAGCUGACAUGUCCAUCUCCACUUGUUUGGAAUCAGAAUCAUUGUGAUUUCCCUGAAAAGUCAAACUGCAAAUCCAAAACAAGCUUAAGAUUGACAGAUGUGAACCAAAAGACUGAAAAUGAAAAUAAGCCUAUCGUCGCAUGCUACUUUACCAAUUGGGCUUAUUAUAGGAAAAAUAAUGGCAGCUUUGGACCAGAUCAAGUGGAGCCUCAACUUUGCACGCACAUCAUAUACUCCUGGGCUAGUCUAGAUAGAGAAACUGGUUCAGUAGUAGCAGGAAAUCCGGAAUUGGAUAUAAGCAACGAUUUCUAUGGAAAAUUAUCAGAAUUUAAAUUAAAAGGAGUCAAAAUUAUCCUUGGUGUGGGUGGUAUUGACAACUCCCUCGAUGAAAGAUGGAGUGAAAUGGCAGCCUCGCCAGAACGAAGGAAACAUUUUGUUAAAUCAUUGUUGAAAUUUUUACAAAAAUGGGAAUUCGAUGGUGCACAGAUUGGCUGGCAGUACCCAGUUUGUAGAAGGGUGCCUUGCACGACAAUGAAUGUAGAAGACAAGGAAAACUUUAGUAUUCUUCUAGCGGAACUGUCAAAAUCGCUACGUCCUCAUAACUUGGAGCUCUCUGCAAUUGUGGCUCCAUACCGUCUAGUAGCGGAAGUGGCCUACAACCCCGCAGUUUUAUCAGCCACUCUGGACUGGAUUUCUAUCGCAGCCAAUGAUUACUAUGAAUCUGAAUCUAGAAAAACUGCUUAUCUCCUUCCCCUCGUCAAAUCAGAAAACAAUGAUUUCAACAAUUUACAAGAUAUUCUUAACUUUUGGUCGAGUUUAGUACCGAUUACUCAGAUAGUGCUAGGACUUCCGUCUUAUGGACGGUCCUACGCUCUUAGAAGUGAGCUCACCAACGGCAUCAAUGCUUUCACCACCGGACCCGGUCGGCCUGGAUUUUACACUCGUAUUCCUGGAUUCCUAGCCUAUUAUGAGAUAUGCAACGAAAUCAAAUCGAAUAGAUGGAAAGAAGUUUCAAAUAGCCAAGGAACGUAUGCCUAUCACGGUUUGCAAUGGACAACAUACCUGAGACCACUGGAAGCCCAGGCGAUCGGUGCAGAACUAAGGCGUGCGGGGGCGAAGGGUGCCGCUCUGUGGGCUUUAGACUUGGACGACUGGCAGGGCACGUGCAACUGUCGCUGGCCCCUACUAAAUUCGCUUAGACAAGGACUUCUUGAACCAGAAUUUCAUGCAGUUUGUUCGAGCUAAGAAUAAAAUAUUGUAUAAAUUUUUCGCCCCUGCUUCGAUUUACACAAGAAAAAUUAUUUUACAAAAACUUGCGUGCGACUCUUUAUACAAUUCAAAAUAGGUUUGAAGCAUCGGCGAAAAAGAUAUUUUUAAUGCUCAAAACAAUUUAAGACAUAUUCUUGUUAAGUUAAUACUCUAAGAGUGUAUGUAUAUUUAAGGAAAUUUGUAAUUGCUACCUCGAGCUUUUGCUCAAAUUAUAGAUUACCGGUUAAGUAGGAGGUAGAAUUUGAAUGAGCAGUGUUUUUUUAAAAUCAUGGCUCACUUAUCACUUCGGGCUUUAAAUGUUGGUAUGAAGGCAACAUAUCGAUGAUAAAUGUCAAUUUACUGUCACGAUAAUUUUGACUGUUUGAGAUUAAUAUUGAAAUCAAAGAAUGGACUGUUACCUUAGUGUUUAACAUUAUGAACUUAUGCAUUUUGUGAUAGACUAAGUUUCUUUUUCUCAAAACGGCUUUAAAGACAACGUAUUAAAAAAUAUGUCACGCUAAAGCCAUUCUAAUUUUGAAAUAAAUAAAUUGUUUAAAGCAGAAA